ACACUACCCGUUUCGCCACACAGCAGACCUGCGCAAGAUAAAACCUCUACUCAGCACAUACCAAUCCCUUUGCUUCCGUGUGCGACUGGGAUCAGCGCUCUCUCCGACUCGCCCACAACAGUCAACUCGCCCACAUCCACAAGAAGACGAACAUAACACACAGAGGACAGGAUGAGGGAAAUAGUGCACCUUCAAGCCGGCCAGUGUGGCAACCAGAUCGGAGCCAAGUUCUGGGAGGUGAUCAGUGAUGAACAUGGCAUCAGCCCUACAGGGAACUAUGAGGGCGACUCCCCACUGCAGCUGGAGAGGAUCAGUGUCUACUACAAUGAGGCCUCAUCCUCUAAGUACGUCCCCAGGGCCAUCCUAGUAGACCUGGAGCCAGGAACUAUGGACAGUGUUCGCUCUGGGACCUACGGACAACUCUUCAGACCAGACAACUUCAUCUUCGGUCAGAGUGGAGCUGGUAACAACUGGGCCAAGGGCCACUACACAGAGGGAGCAGAGCUGGUGGACUCAGUACUGGAUGUAGUCAGAAAGGAAUGUGAGAACUGUGACUGUCUUCAGGGCUUCCAGCUCACCCACUCCCUCGGAGGGGGCACAGGCUCUGGCAUGGGGACCCUGCUCAUCAGCAAGAUCCGGGAAGAAUACCCUGACCGCAUCAUGAACACCUUCAGCGUGGUGCCCUCCCCUAAAGUAUCAGACACCGUGGUGGAGCCCUACAAUGCCACCCUGUCCAUCCAUCAGCUGCUGGAGAACACAGACGAAACCUACUGCAUUGACAACGAGGCUCUUUACGACAUCUGCUUCCGCACGCUCAAGCUCCCCACGCCCACCUACGGAGACCUCAACCACCUGGUGUCGGCCACCAUGAGCGGUGUUACUACCUCCUUCCGCUUCCCCGGCCAGCUCAAUGCUGACCUCCGCAAACUGGCUGUCAACAUGGUCCCCUUCCCCCGUCUGCACUUCUUCAUGCCUGGCUUCGCCCCCCUCACGGCGCGUGGCAGUGCGUGCUACAAUGCACUGUCUGUGCCCGAGCUCACCCAGCAGUUGUUUGACGCCAAGAACAUGAUGGCCGCUUGCGACCCGCGUCACGGACGCUACCUGACCGUGGCCAUGGUGUUCCGAGGUCAGAUGUCCAUGAAGGAGGUGGACGAACAGAUGUUGGCCAUCCAGAGUAAGAACAGCAGCUACUUUGUUGAAUGGAUCCCCAACAACGUCAAAGUGGCCGUCUGUAACAUCCCGCCCCGCGGUCUCAAGAUGUCCGCCACCUUCAUCGGGAACAACACGGCCAUCCAGGAGCUAUUCAAACGCAUCUCCGAGCAGUUCACCGCCAUGUUUCGCCGCAAGGCGUUCCUGCACUGGUACACCGGAGAGGGCAUGGACGAGAUGGAGUUCACCGAGGCAGAGAGCAACAUGAACGACCUGGUGUCAGAGUACCAGCAGUACCAGGACGCCACCACCGAGGAGGAGGGAGAGAUGUAUGAAGACGAUGAGGAAGAGUCAGAGAGCCAGGCCCGGUGAACACCUUGGAAGAAGAGCCAAGCUUGUGUAAACCCAGCUGACAGCGCUUUGUCUAUGUGUAGCAGGGUUAUUAUCUGCCUCAUGUACACUGUACUGUAUAACCCUCCCUCCCUAUACCCCCCCUGCUCUCACUGUCUUUGCUAACUGUUAGCCCCACUUCCCUUGCUAACUGUUAGCCCCACUUCCCUUAGCCCUCUGACCAACUCAUGGCCUCCUGUUGAUUUAUCCUGUUGAUAAAAACCUCCCAGACAGACCACUAAGUUGAAUGGGUGAAAUAAAGUGUCUCAUAAACUGAUGACGAAUAGCCCUUAAUUUCUUAUAAUAAACAUGUUCAAGCCUA